AUGGGCACCGACGACAUCACUUCAGACAAACCAGCUGCUGCUGCUCCCAAAGACUCGAAUCUGACUUUAACAGAGUUUGAAAAACGUGAAGACGAUGCCAGUACCAGCCACUCUACUGACGAGGAUUGGGAGCUGGCCAGCCAAGUCAAGGACUUUCACCAACGGGACCUAGCUUCUGGUGGCAAAGAGAAGAGAUUGGGAGUGACCUGGUGUAAUCUGAACGUACAAGUCCUCAGCUCAGACGCCAGCAUCCACGAAAACUCCUUCUCCCAGUACAAUGUCCUCCAGACUUUGAAAGAAUCUCGCCGAAAACCACUGCUCAAGACCAUCCUGCAUGGAUCCCAUGGCUGCGUCAAGCCUGGAGAGAUGCUUCUCGUUCUAGGGCGGCCUGGCUCUGGGUGUACAACCUUGCUCAAGAUGCUAGCGAACAAAAGAGCAGGAUACAAGUCCAUUUCGGGAGAUGUCUGGUAUGGAUCCAUGGAUCAUAAGGCCGCCAAGCAAUAUCGAGGUCAGAUUGUCAUCAACACCGAAGAGGAACUCUUCUAUCCUACGCUUACGGUUGGGCAAACAAUUGAUUUUGCAACCCGGUUGAAGAUCCCCUUCCACCUCCCGAGUGGGCUGCAUUCGCGACAAGAAUAUCAAAAACAGUUCAAGGACUUUCUUCUGGAAUCCAUGAGCAUCUCCCAUACCUCAGACACCAAAGUUGGCAAUGAAUAUGUUCGGGGUGUGUCUGGAGGGGAAAGGAAGCGAGUGUCCAUCAUCGAAUGUCUGGCUACGCGCGCAGCAGUCUACUGCUGGGACAAUAGUACAAGAGGACUUGACGCAAGCACUGCCCUUGAAUAUACCAAAGCCAUUCGCACCAUGACGGACGUUCUCGGCCUCACCUCGAUUGUCACCCUCUACCAAGCAGGAAAUGCCAUUUACAAUCUCUUCGACAAAGUCUUGGUUCUCGAUCAAGGAAAGCAGGUGUUCUAUGGGCCGAUGAGGGAAGCCAAGCCGUUCAUGGAAAAUCUAGGGUUUAUCUGCCCAGAAGGAGCGAAUGUUGCAGAUUUCCUGACAGGCGUUACCGUUCCCACUGAGCGACAGAUCCGCCAUGGCUACGAGGAGAAGUUUCCUCGAAACGCCGACGAGCUCCUCAAGCACUAUGAGGCUUCUACUUUGUACGAGCACAUGGCGGCAGAAUAUGAGUACCCGUCGACAUCUACGGCGGAGGCAGAUACCCUGGCAUUCCGGGAGUCCGUCAUCUUCGAAAAAGAUAAACAACUUGCUCGCAACAGCCCUUUGACCACCGGCUUCCUGACACAGGUAAAGGCCUGCGUAAUUCGGCAAUACCAAAACAUGUGGGGAGACAAGGCCACAUUCAUCAUUAAACAGGCAUCCACCAUUGUUCAAGCUCUCAUUGCAGGCUCUUUAUUCUACAAUGCACCCGACAAUUCCGCCGGCCUCUUCCUCAAAGGCGGCGCCAUAUUUUUCGCCCUACUGUACAAUAGCUUGUUAGCUAUGUCCGAAGUGACUGACUCGUUUGUUGGGCGACCGGUCCUGGCGAAACACAAAUACUUCGCUCUGUAUCACCCAGCUGCUUUCUGCAUAGCUCAGAUUGCUGCAGACAUCCCUCCGCUUAUCUUCCAGGUGACUUCACUUUCUGUCAUACUUUACUGGAUGGUCGGGCUUUCCGCUUCGGCUGGGAAGUUCUUCAUUUUCUGGGUUGUGGUAUUUUCUGCGACAAUGUGUAUGACUGCCGUGUUCAGAUCGAUAGGGGCAGCGUUCAGAACCUUUGAUGGUGCCUCGAAAGUAUCCGGAUUUCUUGUUGCGGCGCUGAUAAUGUAUGUUGGAUACAUGAUCGUGAAACCAGACAUGCACCCUUGGUUUGUCUGGAUUUUCUGGAUCGACCCAUUAGCCUAUGCCUUCGAGAGUCUAUUGGGAAAUGAAUUCCACGGCAAAAUCAUCCCUUGCGUCGGAACAAACCUUGUUCCAGCUGGUCCGGGCUAUGCCAAUAGCCAAUACCAGUCGUGUGCUGGUGUUGGAGGCGCAACUCGGGGGGAUACGUCUGUUACCGGCGAUGCUUAUCUGCGCUCGCUCUCUUAUGAUCAUACCCAUCUUUGGCGAAACUUUGGCAUUGUCUGGGCAUGGUGGGCGCUCUUCGUAGGAAUCACUGUUAUUUGCACGAUGAGGUGGAAAGCAAGUUCUGAACAAGGCAGCAACUUCCUCAUUCCGCGAGAAAACGUCCACAAAGUCCGCCAUUUGCUGGAAGAUGAAGAGUCUCAGAAGUCAGAAAAACAGAUAACCAGCUCCGGCUCCUCUCUCAGAGCUGCAGAGGAAGACGCACCACCAAAAAGCGAGGGCCUGAUCCAAAACAGCUCGAUUUUCACUUGGAGAAAUCUCUCUUAUACGGUCCACACAUCCCACGGAGAUCUCAAGCUUCUUGACAAUAUACAAGGUUGGGUCAAACCAGGAAUGCUUGGAGCGCUGAUGGGUUCUUCAGGUGCUGGCAAAACUACCUUGCUCGAUGUCCUAGCCCAACGUAAAACCGAAGGCACCAUCGAAGGGUCGAUUCUUGUCGACGGAAGACCUCUCCCGGUUUCAUUUCAGCGAUCUGCUGGCUAUUGCGAACAACUUGAUGUUCACGAACCUUACGCUACGGUACGAGAAGCACUGGAGUUUUCGGCUCUGAUUCGACAGUCCAGGCACGUUUCCAGGGAGGAAAAGUUGAAAUAUGUCGACAUCAUUGUUGAUUUACUGGAGCUCCACGAUAUCGAAAAUACUUUGAUCGGGCUCCCUGGUGCUGGACUGUCCAUCGAGCAAAGAAAACGAGUAACUAUCGGCGUCGAACUCGUGGCCAAACCGAGCAUUCUGAUCUUUCUGGACGAGCCUACGUCGGGCCUCGACGGACAAUCUGCUUACAACACAGUUCGAUUCCUUCGCAAGCUGGCAGAUGUUGGGCAAGCCGUCUUAGUGACAAUUCAUCAACCAUCUGCUCAAUUGUUUGCCCAAUUUGAUACACUUCUCCUAUUGGCCAAGGGCGGCAAGACGGUGUACUUUGGAGACAUCGGUGAGAAUGGUGCAAUUGUCAAAGACUAUUUCCGUCGAUAUGGAGCCCCUUGUCCGCCGGAAUCCAAUCCAGCCGAGCAUAUGAUAGAUGUCGUCUCUGGGCAUCUGUCCCAGGGCCGCGACUGGGCCCAAGUUUGGCUAGAUUCGGCCGAACAUCAGAGUGUAUCAAGGGAACUAGAAACCAUUAUCAGCGAAGCUGUCAACACACCUUCCGGAACACAGGAUGAUGGCUUUGAAUUUGCCCUUCCGCUGUGGUCGCAGAUCAAAAUCGUCACUCAGCGCCUGAAUCUUUCCUUGUACCGCAACACUGACUAUGUGAACAACAAGAUCGCACUACACAUCGGAUCUGCUUUAUUCAACGGCUUCUCGUUCUGGAUGGUCGGUGAGGGCGUCGGAGACCUUCAACUCAAGCUCUUCACCAUCUUCAACUUCAUCUUCGUGGCGCCAGGAGUCAUCAACCAACUACAACCACUCUUCAUUGAGCGGCGGGACAUCUUCGAAACGCGCGAAAAGAAAUCGAAAAUGUACAGCUGGAUCGCCUUCGUUACUGCGUUGAUAGUUUCAGAGAUCCCCUACCUUUGCAUCUGUGCGGUUCUCUACUUCGUCUGCUGGUACUACACGGUCGGCUUUCCCAACAACAGCAACAGCGCCGGAGGCACUUUCUUCAUCAUGUUAUUCUACGAAUUUGUAUAUACGGGAAUUGGUCAGUUUAUCGCCGCCUACGCCCCGAACGCGGUCUUUGCUUCGCUCGUCAACCCUCUCCUGAUCGGAACGCUGGUCGCUUUCUGUGGCGUCCUAGUCCCUUAUGGCCAAAUCCAGGCCUUUUGGAGAUAUUGGAUCUAUUGGCUGAACCUAUUCAAUUACUUGAUGGGUGGCCUACUAGUUUUCAAUGUCUGGGACACUAGGGUAUCCUGCACGGGCAAGGAGUUUGCCGUCUUUGACACGCCCGGCAAUGCCACCUGCGGCGAGUACCUCUCAGACUAUCUGACAAGCCCGGCCGGAAUGCUAGCCAACCUCACGAACCCAGAGGAUCGCAACAACUGCAAGGUUUGCGAGUACCGGACCGGCGCCGACUACCUGUACACAAUCAACCUGAAACAUGAAUACGACGGUUGGCGAGACGCUGCCAUUGUGGUUCUAUUUGCGAUAAGCUCGUACGCGUUGGUGUACCUUUGUCUGAAACUCAGGACAAAGCAGAGCAAGAAAGCCGGCGAGUAA